AUGAGAGAUCACAAACCAAAGGCUUCGACCGAUAAGGCUUACCGCGGUUCAUCUCGUCUUUCGAGUGACAACAUUGACUCUCCAACGGGUAAGAUCCAUUCGGAGCACAAAGGACCAGUCAGUCAUCGACGACGUCAAUGGGGUUCACAGUCCGGAGAUCGGAUCAAUUCGACAGUACCGAUAAUUUCAUCGGAUUCAUUGGAGAAAUUAGUCCCCACAUUGACCACUGGUACAGAUAAAAAAACACACACACUGUCCUCAAAAUCCGAAGCACCGUCGUCUGACAUAGAUCCCACGAUAGCAUCUGAAGAUCCGGAUAUGACAGAUCAACACAUUGAAUCUGAACAGACUGUUAGCGAAGCACUGGUGGAAUCACCAAACGCAAGUCCCCACUCUGGUUCUUUAAAUCUGGAUAAGAAUUCAGUAUCCCGUGAAAGCUUGAAUGGUAGUUCUACGACCGACCAGAAACACAAUGACAUCAGUACACCGACUUCCGCCACCAAAGUCACUGCUCAUACAAAAUCAUCCUCAGGAAAGCGUAAAGGACCGAAAGAGACUAAAGCAGUGGGUUAUUUGAUCGAGGCACCCGAACGCAUAAACCCGUUUUCGCCAGCAAAACAUCGUCCCACCAACAUUAUCUAUAUUCGUUCAUUGGUCAGACCGUUCACUGCAGAUCAAUUGCGUCAGAUGAUCUCCGAGCGAUUUGGUCCUGUCUGCGAUCUUUGGCUAGAUCGAAUCAAAUCCAGUUCUCUCGUUCGUCUGGAAUCGGUUGAGACAGCGACUCGCUGUCGUGAAGGUCUCGAUGGUUGCCGUUGGCCAUCCAUGAAUCCGCAUACAUUGCACUGCGACUUUGGAAAUGACGAGCUGUUCAAAUGGAUGCAAGAGCACGGGAAUUCGGGAGAGAAAUCCCCGCCGAAACAUUUAGUUCUGGGCGAAAAAACGCCGGAAACAGUCGAGCCCGAGAACACGUCUACCAGAGCAGCCAGUUCCCGCAAAAGAUCUGACGGGGAUACCAAAGCGCGUAAUGAUUCUAAACCUACCACCCAUCGUCAAGAAAAAAGUGAUCGCACAGACAAGGGUUCUCAACCAGCUCCAAAGGAGCCGACUGUUUCAGAGUCAAAACGUCGGUGCGAGGAGCCGGCCAAACUGUUGGAUGAUUUAUUCAGGAAAACCACUGCGACUCCAUGCAUUUAUUGGUUGCCGUUGCCCGAGGACCUGGUAAGUGAUGAUGAUGAUGAUGAAACCGUGCAUUGCAGCAAGAAUUUAUCGUGA